ACUCGCAUGUUGUUGUUAUUGUUUAGUUUUUUAAAUGUUAAUUUAAAUACUUGUACAAACGAUGUAAUGUGUUCGUGUAUGAUUUUUGUGUAUGUCAAUUGUUGUGAAAUAAACUCUAGUGUUUGACUUGUAUGGUAUGGUAACUAAAAUUUGAUCAUAAUGGCGAAAAACAUAAUACCUCAAGAGGAUAACACAAGUGAAAUACUCCAAGCUGAGUUGCUUCAGUAUAGCUUUCUAAACAGACGGCAAGAGCUCACGAAAAACCAAAUCGACGAUGGACCAACUAACCAUCGAAAAUGGGCCAUUAAAGUGUUGGAGGAAGAACGCAACAAUUUGGUCAACGAUUUGAAUAUGACGAUGAACAAAUUGAAAAUGGAAAAAGACAAAAAAUAUAAAGCCAAGUUCACGCGUACGAUCAACGACACGAAGAAAUUGCAAGUGGAAUUGGCCGAACAAAAAAUCAUCGAAAAAGAAAUAGAUAAGGAGAUUGUCAGAUGGAAGGCCGAACUGGCCGGUCUAGUGAACGAGUCCAAGAAAGACGGGGGCCACAGACCUAAGCUGAUUACGAAUAUAAGCACAUACAAUAAGUUGAUCAGCCGACAAAACGAGCUCACGUCCAAAGCGGAAUCGUUGUUAAAACGGCGACAACAAAAGCAAAACGUGUACAACGGUUUAAUGAAAAAACUAAACAAAGGCAGAGAGAUAACUGCGGACCUCAAUGAGCAGACCACGAGGACAUACAAAGACAGAAACGACGCAAAAGAACGUUUGGACUUGUAUAUGAACGUCAGUGACGAUUUAAAUAAAGAACGCGAAUUUAGUCUGUUGUUGAACAAAUUGAGAUUGCAAGAUGAUAUAAAACAGACUCAAUUCAUCUCACAAAAAUCAAAUAAACGAAAAAUGAAAGAUUCGGAACAAACAAAUGAAAGAAAUACCGAAUUCGCCGUUUUGAAAGCUGAAGCAGAACAUUUUGUCAAACACUUAAUUUGCUAUGCAGGAGAUCAAAACAUAGCCAACGUCACUGAAAAUAUUGUUAAAAUGGACAUAAACAAUGAGUCAAUGUUCGAAUUACUUGUUGCAAUUGAAUUAUAUCUGACACGUUUGGAGAACGCGAUCGCAAAGUCGAGGCAGACGGUUUGUAAGAAAAACGACCAGUUGUCAGAAGAGAAAAAAGCCAAACAAGAACAACUAGCCGGCCACGCGCGACUGUACAAAGACGAGGCGAUUCGCCUGAACGGCAUGCGCUGUGAGCUGCAACGGUUGGAAACCCAAUGGGAAAGCAUAUGCCGGUCCGUGGAAAAGGUGUGCGACCUCAUACGGUUGGACCGAAGCCCGCUGUCGAGGCUUCUGGGCGAUUACCAGCACCCGAACCGGUACAGCAUGGUCGAAUACUUCAAGCUGAUGGAACACCGUGUCAACGAAAUCGUUUACUGGCUGUAUUGUGCCCAAGACAACUGUUUGAGCGGCGUGUACGAGGACUUGAUGUCUUCCGGGUCGGAAGACGACGAUUUCAUUAGCAAGGACCUGGCCGGCGUGAAAAAGAAACAGCCAAACAUCCUGACCAAAAAAGACCCCACCGCAAUGCCGGUCGCCCCCAAAAAGUUGCACCCCGGAGAUGUUCCGACCAUUUGCCCGAUUUGUGUGGAAAAUGGAUUUUUGGACGACGCCGAUGAAGACAUAGUGAAACCGACCGAAAUGACUUUCCACAAACUUAGAAGUGACAUGCCGGAAGUGGGUGUGUGCAAUUUUGAAAGUGUCGUUGAAAGAAAUAUCGACCAAGACCAAGACUUAAAACCGUUUGUGCAUCGCAACUCGGACUGUCCUUUGAUGGCUGCUAUUGAGAUAAAAAAGAUGACAGCCCGUAAACGCAUUUGAUUGAAACGGCAGCUGUCGGUUGAUAUUUAUUUUUUACCACUAUAUACUAUUUUUUUUCGUCAAAUGUGGUGUUAAUCGUAUAUUGAUUAUGUUAAACUGUUGACUUUUACCGUUUACUUUAAGGUUUAGAGUUUAAGAUUGACUACUGAUGAUGAAGAGUGAAAAAAAAACAACAGUAAACCAGUAAAAUGGGUAUUAUCAUUAAAGAGAACCAUCUCUAUUCGUUACCACUCUAAGGUAAUUUUAUAAAAACUUCAAAGUAGACAAUAAUAUAAUACCUUGUUGGGAGUUUUUUA